AUGCCAAAGGGUGACGGUGACUAUGAGUUUUCAGAGCAGGAGCAGGACGGCACGGAUGCGCUGAACGACGACACUUUUGGGGAUGCCUCGGCUAUCGGAGACGACUGGGAGCCUUCUCUGGCGCAGGAGGCCUUCCAGCGGGAGCUCGAACAAGCGCGGAACAGCCCGAUCCUGCUGCCAGCGAGAGGAGAAGGCCUCGGAAUUGCGCCUCCUCCCGGCUUGGCAUCGCCCACACGGCAGGCCCCGGCAGGAGGCAAGCAGCGUGGUGCAGUGGGAAAGGGAGGUCGAGAUCAUCCCUUCGAGCAGGAUUUCGGCUUCGCCCUUCAGGACCCUGAGAGGGUGCGAGCGGCAUUGGGCUCGCCGCCAGGCCCAGCGGCGUGGGCGGCGAAAGCCAUGCCGAAGCCCUUCCCUGGGCUUCCGCCAAGCCACCCUGGCCUUCCGGGACUCCCGGGCGGCUUUCCGUAUCCCGGCCUCCCUGGGCUGCGCCCGCAGCUGGGCCUCGGGAGUCCCGGCCUGGGGACUCGUCCGCCGAGCUAUGGACCCGGACUUCCAGACCCACGGGAGUUGGCGACCCUCGGCGCCUCCUUGGCGAACCCAAAGUUCCCAUAUCCGAUGACGGCGUUGCUGCAUGAGGCUCUGAUGAAAGACGCAGCGCAACAGCUCGGUAAAGCCCGGGCGGCUCAGGGCCUGCGGGGAGUGCAUCCAGCCGCAGCGCAAGCCACGCCACCGCGGCCAGCACAACCGAAGGUGAUGUCGGUCACUGAGCUAGAGGCUCAGAUGAUGUCUGCGGAGUCCCAGCGGCAGGGCCAGGUCCGUUCCCAGCAUCAUCGGGAGAGGCCGGUGAGGCCGCAAGCCAUGAGCUUGAGCACCACUCCGCCGAUGCCUGGUUUGGGGGCCACCCCGCAGAUGCCGCUGAUGUACAGCCGCUUGCGGCCGCAGCUGGCACCAGAGUCUCGAGAGGAGCCAUCACGGCCCCAACCUCCAGUCGCUGUGCCGGCUCCCCCUCCUGUGCCAGACGAGCUCGAGCCCUUGCACGAGGAGCCGGUAGAAGAGCCGGCCCUUCCUGCGGAACCGGUUGCAUCGAGAAUCUUCCCAUUUACUUGGCAGCACCGUGAUGCUAUCCUUGCGGGCCAUGCAGAGGAAGCUCAUGUGAAGCCGUUUCUGCAGCCUGCCGGGAGGCAGCACGUAGGCCUCAUGACAACCAGCGACAAGGAGCUGAUUGUUCGCAUUCAGCUGAAUCAGAUGGCCGCCAUUGGUGAGCAGACGGGUCAUAAGCUAUAUCAGCACAGAAAGCCACCGGAGCCUGUCCUAGACCAGGGGCUUUUGCAUGGACAUCCCGGUACCGAAGGGCCAGGUGGAGGGACAGGCGAUCCUAUGCAGCACGCCAGGUUGCUUGAAGCCUCCCAGCCGUCUGCGGGCGGCCCCGACAUGACUGCAGAUGAGGGAGCGUGA